AUGACGGCAGGUAUGGAUGAGGUGCUGAGUGCCUUGAAGGCCAUAGCCCAGAACCAGACGGAGCUGCUGGCUGGGUUCGACGAUAUUGCACAUCGCGUCAGCGCAUUGGAGAAAGGUGCCAACGGUUCAGCGGCGGGCGCCGUCGACGACGUGGACGGUGCUGGCCAAGAGCCGACACCGCUCGCCUCUCCUUUGUCCCAGGCGUCGCUGGUCUCGGUGCCCGCCGACGCGGGGACCAUCUCGCCGCCGGCCUCGAAAUCUCUAGACACUAAGUCGGCCUUCACGUCUCGCAUCGUCCUCACCACCUACCCCAAGCAGAUUGGCAUCAAGCCGCUGCCCAUGGAAUGGGGUGCCGCCGACCCGUUGAAGCGCGGUCCCGUGACGGUGCUGAGAGUACCGUCGACCAUCCGCAAACGGAAUGCCAUCGGAGCACACGGCGGGUCCUAUUCCAUCUACUACGCCUUAGCCGUGGCCAGCAACGAGCUCAAGGCCGACCACAAGCCCGACUUUACCAACACGGAGCCCGCCGUAAACAUCGGCCCCUUUCCCCAGUGGGCCGACAAGAAGAAAAUCGUGUCCAUGGAUCCCUGGGGCCACGUUGUUCCUCAAGUCUUCAAAGACCUCAUCGAGAAAGACAAUGGCAUGUUGGAUCUCCGCCCAACGAUUGCCGUCACCAAGGCGCAUAUGAAAUUGUCCGAGCUGGAAGAUAGCGUCCGGAGCGGCCGGCUUGUCCCGGACGGCAAGGUGUGCCUCAACGCGUCGGGUGAGCUCGCCGUGACCAAGUUUGCUGUCGAGCCCGUUUGGUAUCUCCCAGGCGUGGCCGAGCGCUUUGGCAUUGACGAGGGCACCUUAAGGAGGUCUCUCUUUGAGCACACGGGCGGCAUGUAUCCCGAAUGCAAUGGCAGCGAUGUCUUCGGUUCCGACAUCUGCACCUGCAGGCCCUAUCUCAUCUUCGGCAUCGAGGAGGCCGUCAAGGAAGCACAGAAUGGUGGCACUGGCGUCGUGAUCUACUUCCGAAAGGAAGGCCGGGCCCUUGGUGAAGUAACAAAGUACCUCGUGUACAACGCAAGGAAACGCGGGGAAGAUCGUGCAUCGGACUAUUUCAAGCGGACUGAAAACAUUGCGGGCGUCAAGGAUAUGCGGUUCCAAGCCCUGAUGCCCGAUAUCUUGCACUGGCUGGGUAUCACCAAGAUUGACCGCAUGCUGAGCAUGAGCAAUAUGAAACAUGAUGCUAUCGUGAGCCAAGGUAUCCCCAUCCACGAGCGAGUUGAGCUCCCCGAGUCCUGGAUUCCAGCCGACUCUAGGGUUGAGAUCGAUGCGAAAAUCACCGCCGGGUACUUCACGACAGGUCAUCGUAUGACAGACGAGGAGCUCAGAGCCGUGCAGGGCCGGAUAUGGGAGGAGUAA